AGUCACAGCUGUUCCUUUUCAUCUAUUCGAAUUUUCUUUCUUUGGCACCUCUUUUUUCUUCUUCUCUUCCGCUUUCUUCUUCGAUCCUCAUUCUCCUUCCAGAUAAUUCUAUACCAAUUUCUCUCGCAGAUCUGAUACAUUUGAAGCAGCCUGCCUCUAAUUUUCAAUAAUUCAUUGAGGAAUUAUUGUUACGGAAUCAUACGCAAAAAUUGAAAUGAAGAAGGCUUUUGAUCAAACUGUUCGUGACAUUAAGAGAGAGGUGAAUAAGAAAGUUCUUAAAGUCCCUUCAAUAGAACAGAAGGUUCUUGAUGCAACUAGCAAUGAGCCUUGGGGUCCUCAUGGAUCACUUCUUGCUGAUAUUGCACAGGCAACAAGAAACUACAGUCAUGAGUAUCAGAUGAUAAUGUCUGUAAUCUGGAAGCGUAUCAAUGAUACUGGAAAAAAUUGGCGUCAUGUUUACAAGGCUUUGACUGUUUUGGAAUAUUUGGUAGCUCAUGGCUCAGAACGUGUCAUAGAUGAGAUCCGGGAACAUGCAUACCAAAUAUCGACAUUGUCCGAUUUUCAAUAUAUUGAUUCAAGUGGGAAGGAUCAGGGAAACAAUGUCAGAAAGAAAUCUCAGAGUCUUGUGGUUCUUGUAAAUGACAAGGAAAGAAUACAAGAAGUUCGUCAGAAGGCUGCUGCUAACAGGGACAAGUACCGCAACACAUCAAUAGGUAAUAUGUAUCGGCCUGGUUCUUACUCAAGUGGAGGAGGAUAUGGUGACAGAUAUGAUGAGGAUCGUUAUGGAAGCAGAGAUGAUGACCGUAAUGGAUAUGGGAGAGAGAGAGAAUGGGGCCAAAGAGAUGAUGAUAGAUAUGGUAGGUAUGGCGAUUCAUAUGGCCGUGACGAGGACAGAUACAGCAAAGAAUAUGAGGAGCGUUCUGGCCGAGGUGGCUAUAGGGACGAUGAAUACCGAGGAAGGAGCCGAAGCAUUGAUAAUUAUCAAUAUGGGUCAAGAAGUAGAAGUGCUGAUCGAGAUAGAGACCGUGCUUAUGAAGACGAUGGCCAAUAUUCUUCAAGAGGAAGUGGUGCCAAAGCUGAUGAUCAUUCUCAAGAUGGAAGGCCGUUUGAUCGUAAAUAUUCUGAACAAAACCUUAAUGCUCCUCCUAGUUAUGAGGAGGCUGUUAAUGGUGCACGCAGUCCCACUUAUAGUGAAAGGGAUGGAGAACCUUCCCAAGCAUCUGCACCUAAAGCAUCCUCUCCUCCCUCAAGUGCUAGUCCAAGUAAUGCAGCAGGUGCAGCUGCUUCAUCACCAGCUCCAGCUCCAGCUCCAGCUCCAGCUCCAGAUAAUAAGAAAGUUGAUGGCUUUGAUGAGUUUGAUCCACGUGGUUCAGUUAAACAGAGCUCAAGCUCAACUACAUCAAAUGUUGCUGCUCCAACUACAGCAGGUGGCGCGGAAAUGGAUUUACUUGACUCAUUAGCUCUCGUGCCUGUUACACAGCAAACCACGGCCUCUGAAGCUGAUGGCUCAGUAAAUUCCAGCCAUGGACCUGCAUUUGUUGCCACAUCAUCACAGCCGUUUGGCGAUCCAUUCGGGGAUGGCCCUUUUAUAGCUGUUACUUCUACAAAUAGUGUACCAGCUCAACAACAGAUCAUUACCUCGGCAAGUUCCUUCCAUUUGAGCUCUAGUCAAAGUUCUGACCCGCCACAGCCAAUUCCUCUAGACACAACUACUGCGUUUGGGGGCACACAAUCUCCCCAACAGAAGCUGUUGACACAGAACCAGGAUUUUGAUAUAUUAGCCGAUAUUCUCCCACCGUCUGGAUCUUCACUUCCUGUCAAUUCACAAGCUGGUUAUCCAGUUCAAGCUAGCCAACCUGCAUUGCAGUCGGGUUUUGCUUCACAACCAGGCCAGCCUUCGUUACAGACAACUUAUCCACUUCAACCGGGACAGUCUGUUUCCAUGGCCUCAACCUUCCCAGCUCAAGCUGGUCAAGCAUCAGAGAUAGGUUUUCCCCCUCAAAGUGGUCAACCCGCAUCCCUUGCAGGCUUUCCUUCUCAAACAGGUUCUUCAGAGUCUGGUAUUCAGACUCCUUUCAUUGGCCAGUCUGCAGGAUCAAAUGCUAAUUUCUAUGGGGGUCAAUUUUCAAGUGCACAUGGUUCACAGUCAGUGUUGCCAUCUUCAACUAUGUCGACUGCUAUAGUUCCGCAGCCAACAAAAGACAAGUUUGAGACAAAAUCCACGGUUUGGGCCGAUACUCUGAGCCGUGGAUUAGUCAAUUUAAAUAUCUCUGGGGCAAAAACAAAUCCAUUGGCUGACAUUGGAGUUGAUUUUGAUGCCAUAAAUCGCAAGGAGAGGAGGAUGGAAAAACCUACAGCAUCUACAGCAACAUCAAAUGUUACCAUGGGUAAAGCCAUGGGGUCAGGUUCUGGAAUUGGCCGCGCUGGUGCUGGUGCUCUUAGGCCUCCUCAUAACCCAAUGAUGGGUUCUGGGAUGGGCAUUGGUGGCAUGACUGUCCGGCCUGGGAUGGGCAUUGGCAUGGGAGGUUAUGGUGUGAACCAGCAGCCCAUGGGCAUGGGUCAAGGAGUACAUAUGCAACAACAAACUGGUUUUCCUCCCGUUACCAGGCCUGGAGGAUAUAAUUAUAAUCCUACGAUGGGAACAGGUGAUUUUAAUCAACAACCAUAUGGUGGAGGCUACUGAUGAGCUUGAGCGACAAUAAAUCCCAGGAAAUAGGGAAUCUUAUAAAUGCCAGUUAUGUUAGAGAUGAAAGGAUUUUUGAAACCCUCUAUACAAAGUUACGUUGAGACCUAAGUUUUGAUUCAACACUCGCAAUCUUCUGGUUUGCCUCAUGUAGCAUAUGUGUAUUCAUUCCCUUAAGGAUUUAUUGACAUUGCUUAUACUUGUUUGUUUUGGAUAGAAAUGAGUUGUUUAGGUGCUUCCUGGUAUCGUCAUCCAUAUGCAUAUAUGUACUCUCUCUUUUUUUGUGGCAUUGCCCAUUAUAGAUACACCUCCCUGACGAUCAAUAAAUUUAGUUUGAUUCUUCCUCU